GAAAUAAAUGCCGUGAUACCAAAUCUAAAAUUUGAAUGUGCAUAUUUUUGCAUAUUUCAUACAUUUUGCAGGAAUGUGCUUAUUUUUACGUUAUUGUGCUUAUUUUGCAUAUUUUGGAAAAUUAUCUAAAAUUUCAACCUAUCUAAAAAAGAAAAUAGUAAUGCAAUCUUAUGUACCUAUUUACUAUACACAACUCACAACUCUUCAUAAUUUUCGUGGUUAGAAAAUAUAAUGGCCCGUAUCGUAACAUUAAUAAUAUGUUGCGGUACGAGCAAUACGAUAAUUAUAUAAUGUGUUUAUAAAACGUUCUGUGAAACUAAAGGUAUUCCCGGUAAACAUUGUUCGGACGGCUGGCGGCCAUUAAGGCAAUAAUAGUUAUUUAAUAAUUUCGAUUAUUUGUUCAGUCCGCAACAUUUAUCCGUCGCCGUUGUAUUCGCCUGCGUACUUUUAAUCGUGUACAUUAUUUCGUAAACAUAAUAUUAUACUCGAAAUGGGGAAAGUAAAACAAUCCACUAGUGUGCGUUUGAGAAACUAUGUAUCUGAAUUUGGAUCUGAAAUAUUAUCUACUGAUAGGUUUGUAUUAUUUUGCAAAGUUUGUGAAUUAAUGAUUAAUUUCGAAAAAAAUUUAACGUAAGCCAACACAUUCAAACUAAAAAACACGUAAAAAGUGCCAAACGCCAAAAAUAUCAAGUUGAGAGGAAAUCACAACAACUGUUAACCAAUCAACCUACCAAAUCAGAUUUUAAUAAGGAUUUAUGCGAAGGAAUUGUGGCCACGAACAUACCGUUUAAUAAACUUUCAAACACAAUAUUUCGUUCAUUUUUAGAAAAACAUACGGAUAAAAGUAUUCCAUUUGAAGCUACCUUACGAAAAAGAUAUUUUGACGACAUUUACAACCAAGUAAUGGAUAAAAUGAGAAUUGAAAUUGGAAAUAAUCAAAUUUGGGUUACAGUUGAUGAAACAUGUGAUGUACAAGGACGAAGUUAGAAAAAAAAAAAAAUCAUAAUACUAUUUGUAAAGUCUUUAAUAAAGCAAUGACCAUUUUAUGGCCUAGAGAUAUUAUGUACAACAACGUCUUACUAUUCUUAUCCGAUGCAGCUCCUUACAUGGUAAAGGUCGGAUCAGUUCUCAACGAUUUAUAUACCAAAAUGAUACACACCACUUGCAGUGCACACGCACUUCAGCUGAAGAAAUUCGUGGACAAUUCAAUAGUGUUGAUGAGUUGAUAUCAAACAUGAAAAACAUUUUUCGUAAAGCCCCAUACCGUGUUGCUUUGUUCAAAUCGAUAGCUCAAGGAAUUAGAUUACCACCAGAACCUAUCUUAACACGUUGGGGGACAUGGCUCGAAGCCGCAAGUUAUUACUAUGAAAAUUUCCAAAUAAUAUGUAGCGUAAUCAGAUAGUAUUACAAAAGUAAAAUUAUGCUUACUGAAACCAACUUGGCUUAUAUCAAAAGUAAUUUUCAAGUCCUUACAUUGGCCAUUGUAAAAUUACAAACGAAAAACCUUCCAUUGGUCGAUUCACUUACUGCAAUUCAAGAAGUAAAAUCUAAAUUUCAAUCAUUAAAAGGAACUCAAGGAAAAGCAGUAUUUUUAAAACUACAAAAAGUUUUUGAAAAGAAUGAAGGUCUUAAAAUGCUGGAGAAAAUAUCAAACAUUUUAGAAGGAGAAAAUGAAAUUUCGGAUAUGAGUCAAUUUCCUGAAGAUUAUUCAUGCAACGAUUUUGUGUAUUUUAAAUAUGCACCGACCACUUCAGUGGACGUCGAAAGAUCAUUUUCAUCGUACAAUACUCUGCUAUCCGACAAUCGAAGAGAAUUUACAUUUGAAAACUUGCGGAAACGUUUAAUUAUUUAAUAUAACAAUGAAGUUGACGAAUAAAAUUCAAAAGCCACAAAUAUUCAAGAAACAAUCAGUUGAUUUUUUUAAAAAAAU